CGUGUUUCUGCUCCUCUUCUUCUUCUCCCGACAGCCCCCCCAAGCCCCUCCAGCCAUCGACUCAUUUCUUGAGAAAAUUUGGUGGCAAAGCUUGAAUUUUCUCUUUCUUUCUUGUUCAAUCACAAGAUUUGGGGGCUUAGAAUUCUCUCUCUCAACCCAGAAAUUUUCGAAUCUGCUCUGCUCUUCCUCCCCUGUCCACCGGUGCUGCUAGGCACGAAAUUCUUGGCUUUCUCGGCCGUGAGUCCCCUACAGAAAUUGCCGCCGGCUUCUUCCCUCCGCCAGGUCCGGUUCUGCAGCUGGCUGGAAAUUCUAGUAUGUUGACAGCCCCAUGAAGUUCGAAAUUAUCCAUUUAAUUGCUGGGCUUUGUCCAUUUAGUUGAUGCUCUGUGCUGUCCGAAAUCUGCUGGAAAUAGGGGAUGAAUUUGGCAGCCCUUUAAAUGUGUUUUGUUGUUUAAAUUAUGUGGAAAUUACUUGAAUUGGCUGUUGUGAUGUUUUGUGUGAAAAUCCCGUGUGUGUGAGUUGUGGUUUGCCAAAGCCAUGCUCUCCACGUGCUGCCCGUGAGAAAUGGGGGGAAUUUUGGUAGCUUAAGCUAUGUUUUUAAGCUUGGGUUUAAGUGUAAAUUAGCUUGAAUUUGGUUGUUGUGACUUUGAAGAAAAAUCCCGUGAGAUUAGUUAUUGUUUUGCUAAUUUUGGAAGUUGAAGUUACUGUUCAUAGGUUCUUGAGUGUUAUGUCACCCGAGCACUGGGAUCAAGCCUUCUAUUCUGUGCUAGUAAGUUUUCCUUGUCCACCAUUUCAUGAAGCGAAACCGAGGACAGGGAAACCGAGGGGAGUGACGAGGUAAAAGGCUUGCCAUUCUAAUUGGAUAUAAGUUUUAGAUUUUAUCAUCUUUUUGUAAAGUAGAUUUUAUUCUUGAGAUUUUGUGAUUUGAAUAAGUUUCGAAUCUUGUG